UAUAUUCCGUACCCAAACCUGCUGUCGGAAGUUAAGUUUCCAAAGAUGGCAACCAUUCAAAAUAAUUAAAAACUCUACGCAUGCGUGAGAGAGAUUUGGCAAACGACAACUUCUACUGCGAAUCGAAAGUUGGAGGCGAUUAUCUGUUAAGCUUCAAUGGAGAUUGAUGAUUCCGAUUUCCAGAGUCAGAAUGACGAUUCCGACUUUCCACCGGAAAUGCCAAGUUCGCAUGACAUUAGAAUCAACUCCAAAAUGACAAUAACAAGGUACUUCAAGAGGACAAUUUUGGCAAAAUUAGAUGACAUGUGUGUCAAUUGCUACUGCAAUCUGCUCAAAGUAAUGGAAAGGGUAAAGAAUAUUCUCAGUAAAGAGGAGCUGGAGGAUUUAAAAGCAAGUGUUUUUGGUUGGCUCGUAAAUUUUUCUACCAUGGAUUGGGUUAGUGGACAGCUACAGCUUGGGUUUGUAGGAAACUAUGUGCAGUUUGUUAAUGGGUUGAUUGACAAGAAUGUGAUGCGAUUCCAUAUCCAAAAUAGUGUAAUAAGUUUCACUAAGCAGGAUUUAGCAAUAGUCACUGGUUUAAAACUGAGCGGGGAGAAACCGGUGGUGUCAGAAGAGCAUAUUGGAGAUAUCUGGAAUCGGUAUUUGGGAGGCAAGAACACAGUUACAAGAAGUGACAUUUUAAAGGCCAUUAGUAGUUAUAAGAGUACUGAUCCGGCAAGUAUGAGGUAUGAUGGGGUCAAGCUGGCACUUCUCUAUAUUCUUUCACAUGGGUUUUUAGGAAAUCAAACAGCAAAACCAAUGGAGUCACACUAUUUGAAUCUGGUUGAUGAUUUAGAAGCUUUUAAAACCUACCCAUGGGGUGAUGUUGUGUGAAAUGAGUUGAUCACUGAUAUGAAACAAAGUUGUGAAGCACUAGAAAACUGCAAAGGUGAAAGAGUGACAUUCCCAGGUUACAUGAUUGCAAUACAAGUAUGGGCAUUUGAAACAUUCCCAAGCCUGUCAAAGGGAGGUUUGUGUAAAGUGAUAGAAGGGAGAGAAAAUAUCAUCCCAAGGACACUGAAGUGGGAAUUUCAUAAGAAGCCUCGACUGGAAGUUUUGUGUGACCUAAUCUUCUAUAAUGACAAGUUUGAAUGGACAGGUAUUGUUCCAGUUGACGAGGAGCUUUAUUUGAUUGAAGGAUUCAAUAUUAAUGGUGCUAGAGUGGAAGUUGAAGAAAAUGAGAAAAGAAAAGAAGGAAAUGGAGCUUCAAAUGUAGAAAAAAGAACAAAAAAUACAAAGGUUGUGAAGGGAAAACAAAUAGGAGUGAAGAAGGGAAAAACAUUAAAGGAAAAUGCUGGUGAAGGCAGUUCAAAAGCAAAAAAGAAGGCUGUAAAACAAAAACAAAGUGACACUGACAGGGAGGAUGAAAGUGAACAAAACACAAGUAUUGCUUCACGUAAAAGGCAAAGAGGCCAAAAGAUGAAAGCAAAGGGCAAACAAGCACAACAGAUUGCCAAAAAGAAGGCAGUUAUGAAAAAAACCAAAAGAAGGCCAGUAAAUGCUGGAGAAGGAACUUCAAAAUGCAAGAGCAAGGGUAGAAAAGCAAGAGAGAGCAAUGAUGACAUGGAUUCUGAAGAAGAUGAAAGAGAGGAUGAAAGUGGAGGGUUGAUAAAUGCUGGUUUAUGUACCAAAGAAGCAAAAAUUAUAAUGAAGAAAAUCAGCAAGCAAACAACAAGAACUGUCAAAAUAAUGGCAGAUGUUAAAGAAAUGAAGCGAAGACAAGUUAAGCAAGAGGUGGUACUAAACAAAAUUCUUCGCUUUAUGAGAGAUUUGACCAGGCAUCAAAUGAAUAGGAAUGAAGGAGGAAUGCCAGGACAAGAAGAAACUGUAGAAGACGAUAAUGAGGAGAAGAAGGAAAAUGCUGAUGAGGGCAAUGAAAUGAAGAAAGGAGACGAGGAUGAGGAUGAUGACUUAAGUGGAGCACGAAUGGAAGAGAAAAACCAGAAAGAAAAGAAUGCAAAUGGAGCAGCAAAUGAUGUUGAGCAGCCAGAAGGGGUUGUGGAGGAAGAAGAAAAUAGGGAGGGAGAUAAGAUCGUUACUGAACAAGUAAAUGCAUCAGUGGACAGAAAUGGAAAACAUCAUGUUGAGAAAGAGAAGGUUAUUGGCAAGGAAGAUGAUAUGCCUAACUUUGAUAUAUUUUCAUUUCAAACUCAGCCAGAAGUUGAAGGAACAACAAAGGAGAAUGAAGCAAGUACUGAGGGCAAAGAAGAAAGAGAGAAAAAUGAAAUGAACACAGAGAAGGAAAAAGCUGCAGAUAUGUGGGGAAUGGGUUCUCAAGAAGAUAGUCAAUUGGUGAAGGAAGUGUGUAAAAAUGUCGAAGAGGUUGAGAAAGUGGCAUUACAAAGUACAGAUUCAGAAAAAUAACGCCAGAAGACACACAAUUUGAAAACGAACUCUGCAAACAUUUGGAUGAAGUCGAAAAAGUGGCAUUACAGAGAAAGGCUUCAAAAAAAAAAAGCAAACAAAGCAUUCCCGUAGCUAAUAAGGUGAGAGAGAAGAGAUGUCCACGAUCACCAGCGAGGUACACACCAUCAGAAAAUACUGUUGAAAUGAAGAGGAGAAAGAAAGAAAGAACAAUGAAAAGGAAUCAUGACAUAUUUUUACCACCACUAGCAACAGUAUAUGGGCCAUUUUCUGAAGACCCAACUGAAGCGCCACCUGAGAAGGAAAUGAAGAGAAUUGGUGACUUUCUAAGUAUUGGUCUGCUAAAGACAAAAAAAAGGUGGAUGAUAACAGAAAGUACAAGAUGGAUGAGGAAAGGAUGUAUGGAAUUCCAAUGGUGCUGAACACGAUAAAAAUUGAGUCCAAGACAUGGCUAUACAAUCUGUACUUCAAAGAUCAGUGGUUGCAAGACACGCAUAUGGAGGUGGGAAUGCACUAUUUGGCAGUCAAAAGAGUUCAUUACAAACUCAAACAACAAUAUAGCACAAGUGGGCCGUUUUUUAUUACAAUGCUGAGGACGCUACAUGAGGACAUAGGAGAGAACAAAGAAAUUGUUCAGAGUGCAGCACAGAAUGAUAUUAUUUUCCAUGAUAUCUUGGGAACUACAUCAAAAUUUUCACUGCGAUGGACAGAUGCUCAAUUUGUGUACAUCCCAUUAAAUGUUGGACAACAUUGGGUGUUGCUAGUUUUGGACAUCAACAAGAGAAAGGUGAAAGUCUACAACUCCAGUUCCAGAAGGGGGGAUUCAUUGAAAGAGAUCAGACCGUUCAUACCUUGCAUCAAGUUUUUGCUUCCAAAAAUAAUGGGCUGCUUCAAAUUGUAUGAAAUUAAGGGGGAAGAGCCAAUGGGAGAAAUGCCACUAGAAAUUGAAGUUGAAGAGAACUGUCCAUAGCAAGAUAAUGCGUUUGAUUGUGGAAUGUAUGUCGUAAAGAUUGCUGAAUUUCUCAUAAUGGAAGUGACUUUUGAGUGCAUCGAUCCAGAACUAAUGCCUAUGUAUAGGAAAAAAAUGGCAACAGAGCUGAUUUUAUACAGUGAAAGGAGGUUGGAAGAAGCAAAAGGAAUGCACCUGCCUAAAUUUAUCAAGGAUUGAAGUGAAGUGUUGAUGAUAAAUGGAGUUUUAAUGCCAAUCAUGUCUUGAACAAAUGGUUUUAAUAUGUAAUAAGUUUGUUUUGCUUUAAGAUAAGUUCCAAAAUAAUCUGAAUUUGUGUGAACUUGGAUUGUGUGCUUUUGUUUUGCCAUGGAUACUG